AUGCAUAUACAGAAUGCGGAUACGCAUAUACGGAAUGAGGAAACGCAUAUACGGAAUGAGGAUACGCAUAUACAGAAUGCGGAUACGCAUAUACAGAAUGCGGAUACGCAUAUACGGAAUGAGGAUACGCAUAUACGGAAUGAGGAUAUGCAUAUACAGAAUGAGGAUACGCAUAUACAGAAUGAAUAUGCACAUAAACAGAAUGCGGAAACGCAUAUACAGAAUGAAUAUGCACAUAUACAGAAUGCGGAUACGCAUAUACGGAAUACGGAUACGCAUAUACGGAAUGAUGAUACGCAUAUACGGAAUGAGGAAAUACAUAUACGGAAUGAGGAUACGCAUAUACAGAAUGAGGAUACGCAUAUACAGAAUGCGAAAACGCAUAUACAGAAUGUGGAUACGCAUAUACGGAAUGAGGAUACGCAUAUACAGAAUGAAUAUGCACAUAAACAGAAUGAGGUUACGCAUAUACAGAAUGCGGAUACGCAUAUACAGAAUGAAUAUUCACAUAUACAGAAUGCGGGUACGCAUAUACGGAAUGCGGAUACGAAUAUACAGAAUGAGGAAACGCAUAUACAGAAUGAAUAUGCAUAUAAACAGAAUGCGGAUAUGCAUAUACAGAAUGCGGAUACGCAUAUACGGAAUGAGGAAACGCAUAUACGGAAUGAGGAUACGCAUAUACAGAAUGCGGAUACGCAUAUACAGAAUGCGGAUACGCAUAUACGGAAUGAGGAUACGCAUAUACGGAAUGAGGAUAUGCAUAUACAGAAUGAGGAUACGCAUAUACAGAAUGAAUAUGCACAUAAACAGAAUGCGGAAACGCAUAUACAGAAUGAAUAUGCACAUAUACAGAAUGCGGAUACGCAUAUACGGAAUACGGAUACGCAUAUACGGAAUGAUGAUACGCAUAUACGGAAUGAGGAAAUACAUAUACGGAAUGAGGAUACGCAUAUACAGAAUGAGGAUACGCAUAUACAGAAUGCGAAAACGCAUAUACAGAAUGUGGAUACGCAUAUACGGAAUGAGGAUACGCAUAUACAGAAUGAAUAUGCACAUAAACAGAAUGAGGUUACGCAUAUACAGAAUGCGGAUACGCAUAUACAGAAUGAAUAUUCACAUAUACAGAAUGCGGGUACGCAUAUACGGAAUGCGGAUACGAAUAUACAGAAUGAGGAAACGCAUAUACAGAAUGAAUAUGCAUAUAAACAGAAUGCGGAUAUGCAUAUACAGAAUGCGGAUACGCAUAUACGGAAUGAGGAAACGCAUAUACGGAAUGAGGAUACGCAUAUACAGAAUGCGGAUACGCAUAUACAGAAUGCGGAUACGCAUAUACGGAAUGAGGAUACGCAUAUACGGAAUGAGGAUAUGCAUAUACAGAAUGAGGAUACGCAUAUACAGAAUGAAUAUGCACAUAAACAGAAUGCGGAAACGCAUAUACAGAAUGAAUAUGCACAUAUACAGAAUGCGGAUACGCAUAUACGGAAUACGGAUACGCAUAUACGGAAUGAUGAUACGCAUAUACGGAAUGAGGAAAUACAUAUACGGAAUGAGGAUACGCAUAUACAGAAUGAGGAUACGCAUAUACAGAAUGCGAAAACGCAUAUACAGAAUGUGGAUACGCAUAUACGGAAUGAGGAUACGCAUAUACAGAAUGAAUAUGCACAUAAACAGAAUGAGAAUGAGGAUACGCAUAUACGGAAUGAGGAUAUGCAUAUACAGAAUGAUGUUAUGCAUAUACAAAAUGAGGAAACGCAUAUACAGAAUGAAUAUGCACAUAAACAGAAUGCGGAUACGCAUAUACAGAAUGCGGAUACGCAUAUACGGAAUGAGGAUACGCAUAUACGGAAUGAGGAUAUGCAUAUACGGAAUGAGGAUACGCAUAUACAGAAUGCGGAUAUGCAUAUACGGAAUGAGGAUACGCAUAUACAGAAUGCGGAUACGCAUAUACGGAAUGAGGAUACGCAUAUACAGAAUGAAUAUGCACAUAAACAGAAUGCGGAAACGCAUAUACAGAAUGAAUAUGCACAUAUACAGAAUGCGGAUACGCAUAUACGAAAUGCGGAUACGCAUAUACGGAAUGAGGAUACGCAUAUACGGAAUGAGGAAGCGCAUAUACAGAAUGUGGUUACGCUUAUACAGAUUGAUGAUACGCAUUUACAGAAUGCCGACAGAAUGCGAAUACGCAAAUGCAGAAUAAGGAUAUGA